AUGAAUAUCUUUAUUACCGGCGCGAACCGAGGUAUUGGAUUGGGGCUGGUGCAGCAGUAUGUUAAGAAUCCCGAUGUUAAGCGGAUUUUCGCUGCUGUGAGAAAACCGGGAGAGGCGAAGGUGAGUGGAGAUUGAGGAAACUUUUGUCAUUGUAAAAUACGUGCAGAGUAGUGAUGACUUUGAAAAGCAAUGCAAAGUUAGAGGAAUGUUUUUCAAUGACAUACUGCCAGUCGUUCCAGAAAGAGCGUAGACUUUUUUGGGCUUUUUUUGCACUGUACAGUGCAUGUUGCGUGACGCGAUCCUUUUCGAAAAAUCUUACACUGUGUAAGAAAAGUCAGGGUACGCGGCAGCCCAAAAAAAAGCCUAUUUGACGGCGCAAAAAGCGAGAAAUUGCACAUUGCAAAGAAAACUUUUUUUGCUUACAGUGGUACCUCUUUGGAUAAAGCGCAAACUUCAAUUUUCGGAAUAAUUUUUUGCUCGUUUUGGUUUCAAAAUCCUGGGUACAUUUCCAACGAACAGGACAAGGUUUCCGCAGAAAAUCAUCCUUUUUCUUUCGAAGCUGACGAAAGCAUGGGCAAAAGAACGCUUUUCUCCGUGGCCGAUUUCCAUACACGCGCUCUGUCUCUCUCUUCAUUAAAAAACUGUUGAAUACCUUGGCUGACCGCUACAAGGGCAAGCUAAGACUUUUAGAAAUUCAUAUUUAGCCUAUGCCCAAUAUGCAUGCAAAAUUUAAAGAAAAUCUGAGCAUCGCAUUUGGAGCGCUUCCCUUGUAUUUAAGAAUCUUUUUCAGGACCUCCACGCCCUAAAUGAUAAGCGCGUAAUCAUCAUUGAAUUCGAUGUUCUUGAUGACACAAAAAUUGAGCAUGCUGCCCAAUGGUUAACCAAUGAGAUUGGCGAUGAGGGUCUUCACUUGCUUUUCAAUAAUGCCGGAAUCAGCUUGAAAGAAGACUGUCGGAUAGAGAAUCCAUCAAGAAAAACGAUUAUGGACACUUUUAACACAAAUGUAGCUGGUGUUGUGAGGACCACUUCGGUAGGUUAAACAGACAAAUUUAUUUCGAUUUUCCGUCUAUUUUGCACCCAGUAUGUGCAUGCCAAUGCUUGAAAACUUUAGCUUUACGAUAGCAGGGUAAUCCAACAUUUUAGAGCUUUUUGCAGACGGCGGACAGCUGUUUUCCGGUACAAAAAAGUUAAAAAGAAAGUAGAAGUAAGUAGUAAGUAGACCUAUUUUCGCUGUGGAAAGAGAUGUUUCCACAAAAAAUCAAUUUUUUUCCGCACAAAACUGGCAAAGGUGUGUCCAAAAAUGUGUUUCUCUAUGACCGCUCUCAGUGUUAUGCGUGCUCUCUCGGCCGCAAAUUUCAUUUGAUAUAAAACGCUGUAAACCUACGCUUUCAAGCAUUGGUAUUUGUCUAUGAAUCGAAGUUUUUGAAAUCGAAUUUUUUCACUUUUUUCACUUGAGGUGGGAGGUGAGGUAUUCUGCUGCAUUUUUUGAUACAUCCCGGAUGCAAAAUGGUACAUUUUUUGCCACUGUAUCGGAGCCUCUGCAUCAAAGUCUAUGCUAAAAAAUCUUGCUGUAAUCUUAACUUCCAGGCCCUUCUCCCGCUCCUCCAAACCGCCGCGUCUCCAGAGAAACCCUCCAAAAUCAUCAACGUGAGCUCGGGUUGGGGUUCCAUCGAGCUGACGACCGACGCGGAACAUGGCGGUAAAUUCGGCUAUGGUGCGUCGAAAGCGGCGUUGAAUCACUACUCAAAACAGCUGGGGACUUCGGAACUUUGCAAAAAUAUCGUAGUUGUCGCGUUGAGGCCGGGAUUUAUCAGCACCGCCAUCAACGAUUACGAGGGUCCGUUGAGUGUGGAAGAGGCUACAACAGACAUUGUAAAGAUGGUGGAGGGGCUGAAAGUUGAGGACUCUGGGAAGUUUCUAGAUCGAUUUGGCAAAGAAGAGGCUUGGUAG